AACAGGCAAUCAAUCUCAGCUGGGAUGCUGGGGCCAUCCUCCAACUACACAAUGGGAACCCCUGCCACCUUCUUCCUUGUGGGGAUUCCAGGUUUGCAGUCUUCACAUCUUUGGCUGGCCAUCUCACUGACUCCCAUGUACACCAUAGCCCUGGCAGGAAACACCCUCAUCAUGACUGUAAUCUGGAUGGAUUCCACUCUACAAGAGCCCAUGUAUUGCUUCCUGUGCAUUCUGGCUGCUGUGGACAUUGUUAUGGCCUCCUCUGUGGUACCCAAGAUGGUGAGCAUCUUCUGCUCAGGAGACAGCUCCAUCAGCUUUAAUGCUUGUUUCACUCAGAUGUACUUUGUCCAUGGAGCCACAGCUGUGGAGACAGGGCUGCUGCUGGCCAUGGCUUUUGACUGCUAUGUAGCCAUCUGCAAGCCUCUACACUACAAGAGAAUUCUCACCCCUCAAGUGAUCUUGGGUAUGACUGUGGCCAUCACCAUCAGGGCUAUUCUGUUCAUGACUCCACUGAGUUGGAUGGUGAGUCGUCUGCCUUUCUGUGGUUCCAAUGUGGUUCUCCAUUCCUACUGUGAGCACAUGGCUGUGGUUAAAUUAGCAUGUGCUGACCCCAUGCCCAGCAGUCUCUAUAGUCUCACUGGUUCCUCUAUUAUUGUGGGCUGUGAUGUGGCCUUUAUUGCUGUGUCCUACGUGUCAAUUCUCAGGGCAGUAUUUGGUCUGUCUUCAAAGAAUGCUCGGUUGAAAGCAUUAAGCACAUGUGGCUCCCAUGUAGGGGUUAUGGCUCUGUACUAUCUACCUGGGAUGGUAUCCCUGUAUGUUGUCUGGCUAGGACAUGACACAGUUCCCUUGCACACCCAAGUACUAUUAGCAGACUUGUACCUGGUCUUCCCACCCACCUUAAAUCCCAUCAUCUAUGGCAUGAGAACCAAACAAAUCCGGGAGAGAAUUAGGAAUUUGCUCAUGUUCUGUCUGUUUGAGCACUCCAAUCAUGGUUCCUGA